UGUACAUGACUAAUUUCAUUGCCGUGUUUUAAAAUCGGUAUUUUGUCACGAUCUAAGGUCACACUCAUGUGAAUGGUCUGCUAUUUGAUAUUUUCAACGUUUUUUGUAACUGCCUGUUUAAUGCUGGAUUAUUUUUUGAAUCUGUAGGAUAAGAAAUGGAAUGUUUACCUUUUGAGCAGUGAAAGUGUCUUCGGUUUAUCGACAAGGUGUGGCAGGUGUUUUCUCAGAUACCUCAUCCAUCCAACUCUAGAAAUUUACAAUCCAGAAACAUGCAGGAUAACGUACUGCCUCUCUUCUUACUUAUCACACAGGUUUACAACAUCUAUGGGGCCAACUCUACUGUAAACAUCACUCUAGCAGAGACAAGUAUAAACCUUACGUGGCCCGAGCCCGAUCUCAACACCUCAUACGACCUACGAUACUCCGUAUCCACCGACCCCACAACUGUACAAACCGGAACGAUUGUGUUGCCCAAUAACAAUGAGACGGCGGUUGAGCACGAGAUUUCCGGGCUCUACCCGGGACAAACAUAUUUUGUUGAGAUUGAGAGAAAUGGGACAUCGAUCUUCAGGAAAAACAUCACCACAAUCCCACUUCCUGUAUCCGAUAUCCAAGUUUCCAUGGUAACCUCAACAACAGCAAUGUUUACCUGGUUGCCUAGCAAUGCCAGUAUCCAGGACUCAUACCAGGUGGUGUUGUCUGGUAACCUUGGCCUUCCUGUGCUGGUGACAUCUCCCAUGGCAACGGUGGAUGGGCUGGUUUCCAGCACUACAUACACAGUGACAGUGUUUGCUCUGAGUCACCAGAAAAUGAGCAAGGCAUCAGAACCAUUCACUAUGAACACAGCCCCAGCAUCCCCUGAGAGUGUGAAUGCGGUUGCCAUGGAUACACAGACCCUUAAUAUCUCCUGGACCCCGGACUCCAACUCAACAGAGGAUGACUACAUAGUGAGUUACACAUACAAUGUGACAUCCAUCUAUAAUGAGAUGACUGUAAACGUGUCCUGCCCCACUGCCCUUGACCUCUACUGCGAGAUCGCGAUGCCGGGUGUCCCGGGUCAGGUGUACGAAAUCAGGGUCUACAGCAAGCUUGGGACUGCCGUCAGCUCUCCUCAAUCUACUCUACACUCUACAGCUCCCCUACCUGUGUCAAGUCUCACGGAAGCUGAGAGCAACAGCACCGCCAUCUUGCUUAAGUGGUCGCUAGCCAACAACGACAACCCAUUCAUCACCAGCUUCCUCAUCAGGGUAACGGGAGAGAAUGGCGCCUUUGAGCAGAGCGUCAGUCCCCUGCAGAUGCAGAUUUCACUCACCGGGCUCAACGUGGGAACCAAAUACAAUGUGUCCAUCUACACAUCAACUGGCUAUGAAGUUAGCCAGCCACUUACACAAACAUUCUACACAUACCCCGCCCCUGUGUCCAGCCUGACCUACGACUCUGCGACUGAUGCAACCAACUCUACCAUCACCGUACAUUGGAGUAUAGCCAGCAACGCCACCUUUGACUAUUACUUUCUUACUAUCAAGUCAUCUGGCACCACCGACAAUUUCAACGAGUCUUUGAAACUUAUCUCAGGAAAUUCAAGUUACACCUUUACUGAGCUAACAGCAGGAGCUGCCUAUAUUGUUACCAUAGCAACAGAGCUGGGGUCAAAAAGUAGUGACGCAUUGUCAGAUACUUAUAGAACAGUUCCCAACAAGCCAUCUGACCCUAUACUGGAUGUUGUCAGUGGAACAGAGGUGAAGGUCACGUGGCAAGCACCUGCUGGACUGGUUGACCAUUAUAUCCUGACCUUGACCACACCCACUGGGCCAAAAAUAGUAACAGAGACUGGUACCAGUUUUACCUUUGUGGAUCUGCAGCCAGGCACCGAAUAUGCAUUAAAAAUGGAGUCCCAGUCUGGAUCACUCAACAGUGAAGCAGUUGACUUAACUUUCAUAACAAAUCCAUCCGCUGUGGAGAACCUGAGGACGACCCUUGUUGACAGUUAUCACAUAUACGUAGCCUGGGACCCGCCGGUGAACGCCACGUUCGACACAUACCUGGUUACCAUAGAAAUCAAUCGUGCAGACACGCAGGAAGUCUCACUGAACAGUUCUGUGACGAGCUACAAGUUGGAUGAUCUUGCCCCAGGCACGCUGUUCACAAUCUCCGUGGUAACCGUGUCAUCCAAUAUUACUAGUGACCGACUAACGAUCAAUGUUGUCACAAGCCCAUUGUCUGUUAUGGACCUGUCAGCAGAGGAUUGGGGUACCGGCUUGAGGGUCAACUGGAGUCUACAGAAUGUGACAGGAUCUCAGUCUGGAUUCCUGGUGACCUACCGGGAGUUUCCGAUUGGCAAGUCGUCAUACCUUCCCCCGAUAUCAGCGAUCCAAGACGAGCUGCAGUAUACAGUGGAAAUUCCCGAUCUGCUCGCUGGCGGGACGUACAAUGUGGUUGUUCAGGUGUGGCAGAAUGUGUCUGGAGUCACAGCGGGGUCGGCAAUUCAGCAAAUUAACGCCACGACACAACCCAAGCCUGUGGAAAACCUUACAGUAAGCAUAGAAGACACAACCUCUAUUCGGCUGGACUGGAGCCCAGCAGCUAACAGCAUACAUGACUAUUAUCUGGUCAGACACAGAACCAGUCUACGGGAGCCAAGCGCAUUGUGGGUGUUAAACUCCACCUACAUUCCCGACCUGGCGUUGGCAGGCUUGUUUCCUGGUGAGAGAUAUGAGCUGGAGGUUUUUGCGGUCAGCGGAAAUGUCAAUAGUGAAGUGCAGACGGACAGUGUUGUUUUACCACCCCUGUCUCCCCCAAGCCUCAGUUUGAUAACCAAUGAGACGACAGCAUCCUCGGUGAAACUCCAGUGGCUGUACAACCGCAGUGCCACCUACGUGGAACAAUGGCAGAUCAGUUACCAUGACGACGUAGGAAAUGACCAACGUGACAUGGUACCCAGCCCAGCCACUGCCAGCAUUGUCGAGCACACUGUGGUCGGUCUGCUUGCUGGGUUCAAGUACAAUAUGUCUGUUCGCAGUGUGGUUCAAGGCGUGUACUCUAGCGAUGUACAUGUGAUCGCUAUCACCAAACCAGUGAACAAUGUGAACUUGUUCUUCCAUGAUGCAGAAAAAACUUCAUUCACCAUCAUCUACAGCUUUGAAAACAUAGACAACUUUGACGAAAUAGUGUUCACUUUGACUGAAACAAGGGAGGUAAUCAUCAGGACAAAGGCUGAUGAAGGAAGGAGACUAGAGUUCUCUAACCUGACAGCAGGAGAGCUCUUCACAGUGGAGGUGUAUACAGUCAGUGGAGAAGUGGAGAGCGAAAUAAAGACCAUGCAGGCUCAAACAUUGCCAAAUAAUGUGACCAUGACAGUGAAAUCAAAAUCAGCCAUAGAUAUUUCACUGAACCUUAUUAGACCUGAAGGCGGUGUUGACAAGUACGAAGUUAAGUGUUACCACGGAACUGUGCCUGUGAAGGCUGUUACCAUAGAUACCAUUGAAGCAGUGGUUGUCUUUGAGAUUGACCAGCUAACCCCGUUCACAGAGUACCAGUGUAUCACAAACACGUGGUUUGGCACCUACAGUGUGCCUUCUUUCAUCGCUGUUGUCACUCUACAAGCUGCCCCAUCAGUUGUGCAAGAUGUGGUUGCCAUGGAAACAGCCCCAACUGAGGUCAAGCUGAACUGGAAAAUCCCACAGAGUCAGAACGGUUACAUACAACUAUACAUCAUCACCUUUAGGGGAGAAAAAGAGGGUGAUGUUGUGAGCGGUUCCCUGAAUGUGACGGCUUCUACCACUUCCCAGGUGUUUAAGAACUUCAAAGCUGGGUACCGGUACACAUUUGAGGUUCAAGGUUUUACCAUAGCAGCAGGUCCUGCUGGCAUUGCUGUGAUCAACAUGAAGACAUACAAGCCACCAUACAAGACGGGUGUGACAAACACCACCGCACAGCCGCGGAAGGUGAGCGCCACCAUAGUGCCAGAAGAUCCGCACAAGAUCGUGUUCAACUUCUCAAACGUGUUUUCCGACAAGUACGGGGAGAUUGUCUCGUACACAGUGAUCGUGUCAGAGUUGAAGGAUAAUUCUUACAUAUCGGGGGUUGGCAUGCUACCUGGUUGGAAGGAGGCUAACCGGGAUAGGAGCAUCAAGACUUAUCAGGUUGUCUCCAACUGUACAGACUUCUUUGCCAUAGACUCAACAUGUAACGGCCGUUUUGUGCCCCGUCAAAAGAGGGCUGUUCCUGAAGCUGAUUACAAGAUGUUUGAGAUUGGCUCGGAAACAGGCUGUGAGGACCGUACAUUCUGUAAUGGUCCUCUAAAACCAGACACAACCUACUAUGUGGCCCUUAGGGCUUAUACAACGAUGCAGUUCACGGAUACACCUUUCUCAGAGGCUGUGAAAACUGCUGCCAUCAAAGUGGAAGAACCAGGCACAAACGUUGGUGGAAUAGUUGGAGGGAUUAUUGCAGCCCUGGUUGCCAUAGCGGUUGUUAUCGUGGUAGUGAUAUUUGUACGUCGACGUGGACAGACAAAGAGCAAUAUGUAUCGUCACCAGCCAGGGGAACACAUGGCCAAUAGGCUCUCACUGACAAAUAGGAGGUCAUGUUGUCCUGUGAAUUUGGCUGACUUCAAGAACCACAUAACAUACAUGAAGGCUGACUCUGACUUCAAAUAUGCUGAACAAUUUGAGGACCUGAAGGAGAUAGGGCGUGGUCAGCCAGUGACACACGCUGAGUUACCAUGCAAUAGGGGUAAGAACCGUUUCACGAACAUCCUGCCUUAUGACCACUCCCGCGUCAAGCUCCUCCCUAUUGAUGACGAAGAAGGGUCAGACUACAUCAAUGCUAACUAUAUACCGGGCUACCGGUCGAAGAGAGAGUACAUCGUUACCCAGGGUCCCUUACCAGCAACACGUGACGACUUCUGGCGGAUGCUGUGGGAACAAAAUACACGCAACAUCGUCAUGCUUACAAAAUGCAUAGAAAAGGGGAGGGAGAAGUGUGACAAGUACUGGCCGACAGGUUCCGACGCUGUUUUUUACGGUGACCUUCAGGUGGCAGUGUUAAACGAGACGCUGUUUCCUGAUUGGACAAUUACUGAAUUCCGGGUCUCUUUGGGAGAACAGUCGAGGCAGGUACGGCAUUUUCAUUUUACCUCAUGGCCGGAUUUUGGGGUUCCGAAGAAGGAGCAGGUGCUUGUUCGCUUUGUGCGCAUGGUUCGAGAAAAACUCAUUAAAGACGCAGGUCCCAUCAUUGUCCACUGCAGUGCCGGAGUCGGAAGGUCAGGAACAUUUGUCGUAUUGGAUCGAAUGCUGCAGCGUAUCAAGGACCAUGACUCUGUUGACAUUUUCAACGCGGUAUCCGAGCUACGCAAGCAGCGUGUCUGGAUGGUCCAAACUGAGCAACAGUAUAUCUGUAUCCACAACUGCCUUUUAUGUGUUCUGGAGGGGCGUGAAGAUGAACACGUGUAUAGCAACGUUGGCCACUCCAAUAUUGCAUUUGAAGAAAAUGCAAAUGACGAAAAAUUCAAGAUUAUACUUCCAACAACGUAGUACAUAUGACGAAGGCGUGGAUUUGAACUAAGAGAUUUCUGGGUCUUUCACUGGCUACUACUGGUCACUACACUAGCCACUAUUGAUCACUUCAGGCCUCUACUGGUCACUCUACUGGCCAGCUUUCAGCAUGUACUAUUUACAUGAACUAUUCUGAUUGGCAAGUUUUAUGGACUUAUCAUAAUGGACAAGCCGUAUCGACUCUGACUGAUCACUUGGACUAGUCAUAUUGGACACACCAUAUGGGCUGGACAGAUGUGGACCGUAUUAAAAGCUGCCAGACUACAUGUGAUUUUCUUAGCAUGCCUUGCAGCAGAUCAUUUAUCGUGGUCUAAAUAUUGAUUCCUUUGAUAUAUUGAUUUCUAGUAUAGACAACAGUAGGUUUUAAAAUUUGCUGAAACUAAAGAAAAGGAGAAUAAAUUGUGAGUGGUCAAAGAGAGUUAAUACCUUAUAGGUGGUAACGAUUAAGGAUGAUUAUUGACAAUUGUUUUAAUUUUGCGAGGUUUUAAUUAUAUUCUCACUUUUUCACGAAUUAUUUCGUGAAUUUUAAAGGUGGUGAAAUAGUCAUUAUACAUGAAUGUAUAUUGAGUCACAAAUAAUAAACUGGCAUAUUGACCAAAAACAUUAAAAUUGCGAAAAAAGGACCUCACAAAAUUAAUAUAAUUAACAAUAAUUGUUGAACAAAAAAUUAUUGUUUAGAAUAUUUCAUUUUUUUUACUGUGUGUUCAAUAUACAUAUUUUAAAUUUACUACAUAGCGUUUUUCAUAAUUAUGUUAAGGUGACAAUGAAUUAAUUGCAAGAUUUUCAUUCCUGCCCGCUUUUUUCCACCACCCCAACUCAAAUGAAAAUGUUGAACUAGGUUCUGUAUUGCCUGUCGGUCCAGUUCUUCUUGGGAACGGCGUUAAUUCAUACCUUAUACAGAUUGUCGAUGUUUAAUAUUCAGAUGUAAAAAUGGAGAAAUGUUAUGAUCGUGUUUGUGGUUUGUCUAGAAACACAUGUAUAUGGUCCCUCAUACAAUAAGAAAGGGCAUGAACUUAUUUUCAACAGAAAAACAGUCAUCUAAGAAAAAUAAAAUGCCACCCCCCGUCUCCAUUUAAAAAAAUAUAAUUUGGAUGAAAAUCUUGCAAUUAAUUUAUAUUGGCCUUUAUUAUGUAAUGUUUUACUCAUCUUGACUCUGCUUCACGGUGCCUUAAAGAAUGAGGCUCAGAAAGUGCUUAGGAAAGGCUGUUUUGUGAUACAUUAUUUCAUUAAAUCAAAACUUUAUAUUGAUCAUUCCUUGUGAAAAUAUUGUCAGAAUGCAUUUUGUUCUAGCUAAGGCAUUAUAUUACUAUAAGCAACGCUGUAGUGUUGAACAAAUACCUUGGUGAUUAUGAUUAUACAUGUCGAAGGGUGAAAGCGAAAAGGUUCUAGGUGACAUUAAGUAAAGAAGCAGAUAAAACCUUUUCGCUUUCACCCCUCGAAUUGUAUUUGUGUGAAUAAAUUUGUCUGAUUAUCGGAUUCAGCGUAACAAAAAAUUGUUUAUUUCCGAUUUCCCAACAUACCUUAUUUUUCUGCACCCAACUCUUAUUUUUUUUCCCCACAGACAAAAUAUAUUUAAAUGUUAUUUAUUUUCUCCUUUUGGUUAUUUUGUCUGGAGUUUUUUGCAUAGGAAAGAUCGUGACCAUUUUUAGUGUUAAAAUAAUAUUAUACAUAAUUGGAUUAAAACAAAUUCCUAACCUACUUACCUUUUAUUUUAUGUCUGUGAAAUUGGAAACAAACAUAUUUCUUUUACGCCAUAUUAUAUUCUAUAUAUACAGAUUUAGUUAGUGCUUAGAUAAAAGGUUAAAUUUGUCUGUUAUUAUGGUGAACAUGAUUUUGAUGGAAAAUUAUUUUAAUUCACAGAUAUAUAUAUGUUUGUGUUCCUAUAACUCUAAUAUUAUGAAGACACAAGUUUCUGCUGCUAUUUUCUGUAAAUAAACUUGUCAGGAAAGUAUUUGGAAAAUACAGAAAUUGUUUAUGUAAAGUUAUCACGAUAUUUGGUUGGAAUCUCAUUUACAUAAUUUUGCAACGAAUACAAUUUUUAUAACCUAAAGCUACUGAUAAAUGUUUAUGUACGUCAGUGUUAUUUUUAUAGAUAAUUGUACAUUUUAUGAUAUAAGAUAUUGUUUAGGUUGUUGACAUUCCAGUUUGACAGUAUUAAAUAAGGGUUGCCAUGGGGAACUUUAAUAUCUAAAUAUAAAUAAAUUUACAUUUUUUUAAUUAUUUCGAUUUUUGGGGAAAAUUUAUAUAUAAUUUAUUUUCAAUUUGAAUAUAUUGAGGGCUAUUCCAUUUAACUAUAUAACCCCCGGGGGGAAGGCACUUUCAAAUUAUGCCACCCCCCUACAGAACCAUGAUUUUUCUUGUGGGGUCCAAAUUAGCGAAAAAAGACACCCACCGAUAUACCGUACUAUUUAAUUAAUUUCCUCCCCCCCCCCCGGGGGUUAUAUGUUUUACUGGAAUAGCCCUGAGUGGACCAUUAACCCUAAAUAUUUGUUUUCUUCAUUAAUUUAAAAAAUUGAAACAUAUAUAUAAUAACAACCUUUAAUUUAGAAUUGAAAUAUUAGGGCUGAUUGUUCAGAACAUUUUUUAACAACAUAUUUAGGGGCAGAUCCUAAAAUGGCUUUAAGAGGUGGUGUAACAUUCGGGUACAACCAUUUGACAUUUGGCCCUCCCUCAGAAUUAAAAUGUAAACGGUUUAAAAUGUUGACAGGUUUUUGUUUUUUUCGCAAGAAUUUUUAUUUACAAUUUUUAGUCCGAAUUGGUGCAUUGUGAGCAAAUUUAAUUCCUGCUUUUUUUCUCGCUCUUGACAUGAGAAGUAAAUUUGGACAAUUUUUUCUAGUGAUAUUUAGAUUUAAACUUUUAUAUCUGAAAUAGAUGUCCCUAACCUUGUUAGAAAUACUGCAUAACACAGGUGUGUCUAUUUUAAUUCCAGAGGAGUGAAGUUUUGAAUGUUAUCUUCCAUGAUGUUUACAUUAUUGAUAACUUUAAAAAAGUUCUGAACUAUUGGCUCAUUAUUAUGUAACUAAGUCCUUCUUUACCCACUUUCAGAACAAAGUGUUAGUUUGAUGUUUAACAUACUAUAGACCCAGCCCAAAUGAUCCCAAAAGUUUAACUGUCAAUUAUUCAACACUACUUGCUUUACAUGUGUUACAGAAUGUGUGACAUGGAUAUCGGCAAAUCAUCUCAUAUUACUCACGUUAUUAGCAAUCUCCACAUUCCUCUGAUAUUAAGGUUAAUACAUCGAGUAAUUAUAAUUUAUCACGAUAAUACAUGUACGUGUAUUGAACUUCAUUUUGACCUCUAUACCUUCUGUCAUUGGGAAAAUAUUUUCCAAACUUAGUUUUUUUACAUUCCUCAAACUAAGGCCAAGAAAAAUAUAUCUAGUUUUCCAGGCAUAUUAAAAAAAUAAAUAAAAAAGGAUGCAGCAGGAUUUGAUUUGAUUUCAAUAUAUUUAAAUUAUUCUUUUCCUUAUUUUUGGUGAAUUUUUAUUACUAAACAACAAAGCGUCACUUAGAUUCUUUUGCAAAUAAGAGCAUAUUGUGGGACAUAUUUAAAUAAUUAUUAAUGAUAGAUAUCUAAAUAUUCAAACUUUUGAUGACGGUCUUUAUCAACGUAACAAGAAUUGCCUUCACAUUUCACACGUAAUGUCUGAUAGAUAAAAUUCUAACGUGUCGAUUGAAAGAAAGAUUGAAGCAUCAUGAUGUAAAAAUGAAAUUUUGUAAUGCCGGAGAAAUUACAUAUUAUUUUUAUUUGGCCUUAUUACUUGUGACCAGAAGGACCCAGUAUGAUAUACUAGUAGAUUCUCAACAAAUCUUGCCUUAUGUACAAAAUCGUUGUUUGAUUAUUUUCAUGCUUUUAUAUCUAUUCAGGUAAAAUGAAAACUUUUCUUUGAACUAGUCAGCUGCUAUUUACAUACAAAUUUGUAAUCCAUACAUUAUACAUACUGAGGACUCAGUGUAAGACUGUCAUAACACCAUUUAUUCUAUAUUAAGUUACAACGGUUUUGCACUCAGCCUGAGAUUACGUUUCUACUUUUUUCCCAGGUAUUUUUUUAACACAUGAAUGGGCAUUGUACAUGUUUUUGUUUUAUUUAUCUUUCAACAUACAGUAAUUAUAUACUUUGAUCUAAUAUUUGUUUAUAUGUCUAAUAAUAAUAAUUUGCUGAUUGGUUUCAAAUUGCUUCUAUGAGCCAAAUUGUUUUGUAUGAAAUAAAUCAAGGAAAUAUGUAACCCCUGUCAUUUAUACAUGGUUACAAAAUUAUAUAUUUUUAUAGAAUACAAUAAAACUAGUCAAACUUAUUGAAACAGAUGAUUUUCAAACUGUUUGGUUAUCUAAUAUUUUAUUUUUAAAACAGUAUUUUCGGAUGUGUGUGCUAUAGCUACAGUUAAUUCUACAUAAAAUAUUCAUUUGUUCUUAUCAAAAUCAGUCAAAAUACACGCAAGUUUAUAACUGUUCUGACAUAAUAAAUUUGAUGAGAGACAAAUAUUUGGACUUAAGGCUACAGUAUGUUACAAAUAAAAAAACCUUUGUCUUUUUUUUUGGAGAAAAAAAUUGUAUUGUCAAAGUGUUUUGUCCCAGUGGUUGGCAAUUUUUUUUAACCUAGAACAUCAUCAAAAAACAUUUAUGAUAUUCAAAUAAAUCAUGAAACACAUGUUGGCAGAGACAACUCUGGCUUUAAUUAUUAUUGAGUUAUGCCCCUUUUUGGACUGAAAAUCAACAGAUGAGGGUUGGCAUUUGCUCUGUGACAUUCUUGUUAAAAAAUACAUACACUUCAAUAAACACACCUAUGAUUGUUUUAGAUCAGUGUUGUAUAUUCAAGGUUGUAUAUGUUUUUAUGUUUGUAUAUGUUUUUGUUUGUUGUAUAUGUUUGUAUAUGUUUGUAUGUGUCUGUUGUAUAUGUUUGUGUUUGUUGUAUAUGUUUGUACAUGUUUGUAUAUGUUUGUCAAAUGGUGCUGUAAGUAAAGUAUAUUUUAAGUAAAUUGUACCGAACAGUUUAUUAUAAUUGUAGAUAUGCAAAGUUUGGAAAUUUGAUAGUACCAAAUGUGUAUAAAUCUAGACAUAACAAGCUCCAUAAGUUCUUGGUCUUAGAUAUACUUUACAUCUUUUGAGUCAUAUGUGUGUACAAAAAAAUCCAGUCAGAACUGCCACCCCUGGACAAAUUCUGCACCCCAAAUGUUUUUACCAAGUUUGAAAUAAUUUCCUCAUGCAUUCAAACUAUAAUCUUCUCUGACAUUUCUGAGAGAAAUAAUUUCCUCAUAUGUUGAAACUAUCCUCUGUGAUGUUUCUGAGUAUACAUGAUCUUAAUUGUACAAAAUGUUAGGAUAAAAAUAUGUGGUAAAUAGCUAUUCGAAAAUGGCAUGUAAGGUUAGAUAUAAUGGGGGGCUUUGUCUGCCUACAAGAUAAAAUAAUUGCAAAUACAUACUUAUACAAUAUACGUAUUUUAUAGGCAUUAACAAUAAACAUACAAAAACGUGCAUCGUAUUUAAUGAUUCUUUUGAUAGGACCUUGUUUGAUCAUGUACUGAUGCAGGUUGUUAUGUCUGGGCAUAUUUGUUUGUUGCCGUGCAGUUGUUACCGAUAUUUCAAGAGAUAGUCAUAAUUACUGAUAUUGAUUGAUACAGCUAUUCUAUAUUUUACUAA